AACUUUAGAAAAUUAUAAUAGUGUUUUGAGUGAGAAAAAGCAGUGUUGGUUGCAGUCAAGACUUUAAACGAUAAAUCCUUUUUUCUGGGAUUUUAAAUCCUUGACUAACCUUCUCUGUUCGACCAUAUUUCUAAGGUUUUCUCCCCAGUUUGGUGCUGAUUCGUUGUGGUAUAAGAUGUUUGGAAUGUCGUGGUUUACCGUUGUCACGAUUUCACUUCUCCUUAACAAAUCAACAGUAUUUUCUCUGAGAUGUUCUUACUGCUCGUCCGGAAUCUCCUGGGAAGAUUGCAGUUCCAAGGAGAAACAUCAUUCCUGUCAAGUCCAGAAUGCAUGUAUCAAAUUUCAUCGAAAGAUUACCCAACCCAACGGCAAAGAAGUCCAGGAGUUCGUGAAAGCAUGUUUUCCUUCGUCAUUAUGUACACGUGAUAAUUGCUAUGAAUCAGACGAUGGGAAAGUCACAUGGUGUGAUUUUAGUUGCUGCAGCACGGAUCUCUGCAACCAAGACAAGUCAAAGAGCAAGCCUUGUGACAAUCCUACAAACUUGACCCAAGGCUCUACGCGCCCGAAAGACAAAACAAACAGUGGAAGAGACUCGCAGCCCGUAAAUAGAGCAAGGGACUCUAAUACUAAUCAGAAAAGAAAAGAUAAGAAAUCCAAAAAAAGAAAAGCUGUCCAGACCAUUGUUCCAAGAGCUGCUCACACAAGGAAAAACAGCAACAAAAAUAUUAGGAGUUUAGUCUACGUCACUGUUGCUAUGGUUUCAACUUCACUAGUAAUUGCUAGGCACUAGAUAUCGACAUAUUUUGGUUAGUGUAGUUUUUGAGCAGCGUUGUCAUGGCAGCAAUGCAUUCAUUUCAUAGGUUUGUCGUUGCUUAGCAACAAAUUUCACUUUCUGUAAAUAAUUGUUGUAAUAUAUUCAUACAUUCUUUUUUUUUACCUGUUUGGCAGAAAGUAGAUAAAGCUGUUUCGAAAACUUGCGUUGAUGCAUUGACCGCAGUGCUACUGAUACCAAUUCGUUCUCUUUCGUUUUCCUUCACGGUCAAGUUGACAAGUAAAAACGAAUAAUUGGAGAGCAACAUUAAACAGGCUUGGAUUACGUUAUAACGUAUUGAUGCUUAUAAAAUUCGUUUGAAGCAAUUUCUCGAGCUCAUAUCUCAAUCUGAACAAUAUAUCUGCAGGACAAACAAGUGCUAAAUAUCUUUCUUAAAAUUUUAUCAGAACUUACAUUUGACUUGGGAAUGAGAAUGAGAUUGUAUCUUGUGCCUUUAUGCAAUAAAGAUUAUAUGACCAUUA